AUGAGUGUUUUCGAGAAUUUAACAAUAAAGAACAAUGCACAUCAAGGAAUCGUGGUGAGUCGAGUGAAACCACUUUCUGCUCGACUGCUGUUCAUUAAGCCGACCGUAGAUGACGGCGGUAUCUACAAAUGUGUGGUCAAAGCUGGCAAUGGACACGUCAAGGACAAAUCGACGAGGAUAUCAUUCAUUCAAGCAGCUGAAUUUGUCAACGUUGAGACUGAACAGCAUCCUGAAGAAGGCAAAGAUGCGGAAAUUGUGUGUCGUGUACGUGGUGAUCCUUCUUUAGAAAUAUUCUGGCAGUUCGAAGGCAGGAAUAUCCUGGAAGGUUUGUCUGCAUAUGUGGUACAUUCACGGUUUAAGAAAGGAUGGCUUAAGGGGUGGAUGAGAGUGAGGAAGGGGAGAAAAACACACACUUCUACGUUUGUGUGA